AUGUACCUCGACAGAUGGUCGGAGAGAUCGAAGCACGACCCCGAGGCUCGCGCGGCACAGCGACUACUGGAGGCGAUCAAUGCGCUUGCUCAGCGCAACUCGCGUCGCCGCAAGCCGAUGACCGUGCAGCUCUCCCAUGACCAGAGGCAGGACAUCGUGAACCGGUACGCCUCAACGCGGUGGUACGCGCGGCUGUACGCCCCAUUCCGGUCUUUGACAGAGCGGCAGCUGAGGUGGGGCAUUCGCAUUUGCAAUGUGGCGUUGGCGAUUUUCGUCUCCGGCUUUAUGGUAGUCAUGGUAGGCGGCUACUUCAAGGAAAUGGACGCCGUGGCGCAGCUCUCUCCAGAGGACCAGCGCGACUACACCUAUAUGGUGCGCGGCAUGCGCUACAGCGACAUCUACAAGCUCGGCACGGAGGUGCUGAAGAAGGAAGACCCGCUCGAGGCGUUGCCGCCAGUGGUGCGGCUGCACCUGGUGAUUGAGGCGUGCCGGCGAAAGAAGUGGCACGAGCUGGACUGGGACGUCGAGCUGCGCAAGAUGCAUCCCAGGUCCCCACUGGAGGAGCUGGAUUACCUACACUGCUUGUACUGGGUAAUACUGCAGAUCGGUACCGUCAUCGGCGGUGGUGGUGCCAUGUUCAGCGACCGCGUGCUCGAUCUGCGGGAGGUGCGGCAGGGCAAUGAGACGUCGGCCAAGGAGCGGGAGCGCUUUGUCGAGAUGGAGCCGACGUCGCUGCCUGCCAGGACACAAAGGUCAUUUUUCUGA